AUGCUUAACCUUCGCCUAUUCUUGAUGUUUUUUCUGGUUCGAAAUCCGUUCGUAACACACCAAAGCGAGCGUUUAAUACUUGCGGGUAGUGGCAUAAGACGACAUGGGGUGUCUUACGCAUAUUUUGCAGUCCAUAAAUUUCAGUAUCUUCAAGGAUCUCCGUUAGGAUCUUCCUGUGAAGUGGACAAACCUCGAGAUUGUGCUUUGGCCUGUGUGAAUAACCCACCGUGCUCUUCAUUCAAUCUCGGUUUGUUAUUGACUGCAAAAGGAAAGCUGCAAUGCGAACUCUUAUCCGAAGACAAGUACAGAAAUGCGGGCAAAAUAUUCCAUUCUCAGCAAUUUCAUCAUUACAGCAUCAAGGUAAAUAUAAAAUACGAUAGUUUCAUAUACACAUUUUAUAAAUAGAGUCUUUCAGAUUUCGAUAAAAGAUCUUAUAGUCCGACAGAAAAGGUGACUUUUUGCUAUGAAUAACCUUGCCAGUUGGUAUACAGUAAACACCCGCAUAUAAGAACCUAUAAUUUUCGAGAUCAGGCUGAACAGGUAUUUCAGGGUACUUUUUGACAAAUCAGGCUGAUUAGGUUCUUAAUUUUCUAGAGUUUUUCUUAUCAUAGUCAUUCACAAAAAUAUUAUACUACUAGUACAUAUUGGCUUAGAACUAAAUGAAAAACAUGUACUUGCCAAGCUAUAUACACACAAUAACAUAUUAUUAGAGAUUUCAUCACAUACAGUUAACAUCGAGAAUUUUGAUCUGGGUGAUCUUUUGUAUAAGAACCUCUCUUCCUCGCCAGGUUGAACAAGUUCUUAUAAACUUGAUAAAUGUCAAAUUUCAGCCUGUAGGUUCUUAAAUCUUUCGGUUCUUAUGUGCGCGUGUUUACUGUAUAGUAUUUUUCAAUACUCUAACAGCUUGCCUGGGACUCCUAGUUUACUGAUCCAUCAACUGAAGCUCUUGCAGUAGUGGCGAAAUUUAACUCUUCACAUAUUAUAUAUUAUAUUAUAUUAUAUUAUAUAUUAAAGUGCGACUCGCGCCACCAUUUGAACAAUUGUGACAAAGGAAGACCGUCAACAUAAUUUAUUCAAAGUUAUUGAAAACCGCACAAACGUAUGCGGCUAAUUUGUUUCAUCCGGCAAAAAUCAAUUUAUUCAAGCAUUUUCAGGACAAAGGCGUGCUUCACAAUCAGUCACCCUGGUAUGUCAUAAUUCCCAGCUGUUUGACUGAACAGACCAGACAAAAAUAUAAAUUUUCCCUUAAAAUGCAGCUAAAAAAUAAAAUUGUUAUCCAAGAUUUCGCCGAUCAUCGCUGGUCAUUUCCUCAGGUUUUGCUGGUGUAACAAAUAUGAUGAAUCCCAUGUUUAUGAGGGAUGAUUCUAGCGCCACUCAGUGCCAAUAUAAACUCAUGACUACCUCAUAGAAGAACUAGAAGAAAGGCAGCUGAGAGUAAGACCUGCAAACGCGGCACAUAUAGAAAAAAGAGGCGCAUCGCAGCUGAUAAGAAAGACAGCCUAGCUAUUAAAAGGAAGCUGAAAACAAGCAUUGAUCCUUUUAAUCCGGAUGCAAAAAGGUGACAUUGAUGUACUGGGAAGUCAUUGUUACAAGUUAGUUAUUACUGGCCAAGAUGAAGCCGUGCCUGUAGAGAAUUCCCUAGGAUUGAAGAUAAUUAGAGAGCUGACCUCAAGAUCGGGCCUCAAGACAAAACACGAAGCAGACACAAUCGUCACGGCACAAGAAAUAUAAUUAGCACAGGAAGAGAAAAACAAAGCAAAUGGCACAGAUAUGACUAUGUUCUGCUGCAGCUGUACCAUUACCUUGAAAGAGGGCUAUACAUCCCCAUGGUGAUGCAGUCACCUAAGAAAGGCAGAGCCGAACGAUGUGGACAUAAAUGUUACGGUAAAAAGCUUUGCCAGUCCAAUACCCGACAGAUAACCAGCCCAUGCACUUCCAAGGUGUAACACUGGCCAUCUCCAAGUGUAUCCCCCAUCGGAAAGGGUAAGAGGUUAAAACUUCUUCAGUGAGGGAAGUUCAGCUGAAGUCUCCUUGGCAAUAAAACUGCUGUCUUUUACGAUGUAUUUCUCCAGUCCACAGCUUUUGCCUUGGCAUGCUACAAAGUGCAUGACUCAGUAAAAUAUAACUACAUGACAUCCGGCAAGUUUGGAAAACAAAGACAGGAAGUAAAGGGGCAGCUGAAACUAUACCCAAACUGUGCACUUAGUCUCCAACAAAUGAACCUUACAAACGAAACUCAAAAAAGCACCCUUCCGUAGAGGAUUUUAGGCAGCAUUUGGAAGUAUCGAAUGCGGACUUGCACCGUUCGUACCGCAGGCAUGCGACCUUAGUUUUACAUGUAAAUUGUUUGUAUAGCCUGCGUUGCAAGUGUUUCCACGCAAGUUUGUCGUGAAAGUUGGGACGAGAGCAACUCAAUUUUCGACAAACCUGUGCGGAAACGCUUGCUACGCAGGCUGCAAACAAUCGUAUGUCCGGCAUGAAACGAAACCCUUAAGUCUACCAGUGCUGCAUCUGAAGGCGCACCUUACAGCCAGACUAUGAACCCACCGAUUAUGGCUGGACCGAAGAAAGGAUGAGGUAUCUAAGUCUCUACACCCGUCACUCUCCCUGCUCCGCCAGCAGCAGUCUCACAUGCUCAACUCAUCAGAUGUUUUAGUUCUUUGGAGAGUUCAUGGCAAGUCCAAGGGCAGAGGGUGCAAGAGAGGCAGGUGGCAUGCAAGUACUAUGGUUUGCAUGUCUGUAAAGGUGGUGCUGCACGAGGCAACGAACAUUAACGAGCAAGUCAAUUUGGAGACCGCUGUGCGACUGCACCGGCUGGGGUUCUAACAGUGGCACACUGAAGUUUUUUUUGCCCUCAGAGUGAAAAAGAAACCAGCGUUGCCUAAAGCGGCGUGUAAGAUGUUGAAGAAAGGGUGGUAUUUCCUUUUUUUUAAUUUUUACUAUUAGUAACCUAAACAAAAUGGACCAUUUUUUUUAUUUUUGCUUUUAUUAAUUUUGAAGCGAAAGAUACGGGAAAAUCAGUCCUGUUGAUGAAUCAUGAAAAUUUGUAUUGUAUUUAAUAUAUCCUAUAACAAUUUGGUAAGGAUAAAUAUAUUUGGAAGUGAUGGAUGUUUUUUAACAACUACUGGUGUGUCAUUGACGAAUAGGCUUCAUCUUAGUCAAAUUCACCACAUUUAAUAUCCGGUUUCAGAUCAAUUAAAAAAAAAUCAAAUUCCCCAAGACUGCACGACUGACAGUUGCUAAAAAUGAGAGUAAAAGAUACUAUGCCUCGAAGUGAACCCCUCUUCCUCGUUCUAGUCUGCCGGACUAUUGAUUUUGGUGAGUAGUGGUCUGUUGUUGGCUCGGAGACUUUUCAUGCUUAAACUUGAAUAUCCCAGGUCUAACGACCAUCAUUACCCUGCAAAUCAAAACAUCGAGAACAAGUGCAAAUCAAAGCUGAUAAGCUCUUUUUAGGAGCUUCUUUUUAAAGAAAACAAUGAGCUAAAAGUUGAGGACCAGCCAGGAAUGACAUUAUAACAAGAGAAAAAAGUGUGGAUGAAAUAUAAUGCCUACAUUUACAGAAAAGGGAAAGUUAUUUGAAUUGUAAUUUCCUAGGUAACUUUGUCGCCGAGUACUUGCGAGUGAGGGUGUUUGUAGUACGUACUUCCUGGAUAUUAAAUGGAUAUCACAUGCAAAGUAACGUUCAAUGAACAUGGUUUUUUUUAGACUCCAUGUUCAAGUAACCCAUGCAAGAACUCAGGAAGUUGUUUUCCAGAUUACGAAGAGCAUAAUUACCGUUGUAUCUGUGCCCCAGGCUAUACAGACUCUUAUUGCACGACAGGUUAG